AACCUAGCAAGGGGGUUUCAUGAGGAACCCAAGACCUGGGUUCAUGAAACCCAAAUAUGGGUUCCGCGAGUAACCCAAAUCUGGGUUCCGCGAGUAACCCAGCUCCUCCUCCGUCGAGAUCAUCACUGGAAAGGGACGGUGAGAUCGAUUUUGAUGCUGCAGAUCCAAAAUCGAUAGCCAAGAGGUUGGAGGAACUCGGAUUCUCUCAUGAAUCUGCCGAGCAGGCUUGCCCAGCCCUCACUCAGUACGUGCACCCACUGCAGGUCGCUAUUCGUCAGCCUGAUUCUAGGAAGCGACAACCCCUCCCGUUUCUUGAUGUUCCGUUUCGAAUCCUCCACGAGGAGCUCCACCAGCUUGCCGCCAUCUGGUUCAAUCAAACCUGCCCCGACCCUGACUCGGACCCCAACCCCUGAUUCUAGGAAAAUGAGCUUAUUUUGUUGAUUUUUGAUAAGCAUGGACAAAAUCAAGAAUGGGUUUCUAAAAUCCUAUAAAUAUCCAUCCAAAUUCAGAAUUAGGAGAGCUUUGAGAGGCUGGUGGCAGCCCUCUUUGGGCACUCUUGGAGAUCAAGAUUGAGGUUCCAUCAACAAUAGAAGAUCAAGGAGUUCGAUUUCUUCAAAUUGGGUUUUGUUUUUCCUUGGGUUUUUAUUUAUUGUUUGAUAUUUGAAUGUUCAUAACUUUGAUUUCAUAUUUUAUUCUUUUUACUAUGAACUGAUUUAUUCUACUAGGGCUACGAUGUAGCCUAAUCAAUUCAAUAUGGAUUU